CCACCCGACUUUCGCAGUUUUACAACCCCCUACGACAGCAACUGGUCUUUUUCCCCGAACGCGAUGACAUAACCAGCGUUAGCAUGUCUCUCAGAAUCUGUCUUUCAUCCCAUGAAGGGUGCUUCAGUUUUGCUCGAGAAAUUCCAUCCGGAGCGCCAUAGGACUCAGAGAUUCCUCCGUAUCGUGGGUACUCAACUGCUGUUUAAUAAUUAAGUUGAUUCAAUUGUCUGACUCCAGCCGGUGAUAUUCGCUGUAACGAUUGCGGAGUUACGAUGCCAAAUCCUCGUCGUCCACUCCAUCACUUUUCCUGCGCUUUUCAUCACCAGGACGAAGUAACCAAGUAUCGAAGAUGCCGCACAGGCUACGAGAUGGUGUGGUUGGGAACCAUGGACGAAGAACGUACCGGUCCUGUACUCAAAGAACGCUGUCUCGAAGGAAUAAUAACUCGAUACGUGUGGUUGGAUGAGGUGGAUCUUCGUACCGCGAAGUGAAAGGCUUCUGGGUUUUUCAGUCAGUUCGGAGGGAAGAAAGGAUCUGGCGGAUGAGAGGCAGAAGAGCUUGCCAAAUCUACGAAUUAUAGAACUGAAGGGUAUUCGAGGAAGCAUUGGGCAAGGGGUGAUGCUCUUCGGUUGCCCUGCGGGUGAAGAACUUUGGUGGUCUUUCGAGUUCUGAAUAUCCGCCGAUCGUUAUCACAUCCACCAAUCUCAUCAGUCUGGACCUUCCCUGUCGACCGUUUCACACACUUGCCACUCUUGUCAUUAGGACCCGGCAAUCUUGAUACGAUGCCAGCUGGGGGCGUUACGGGUUAUGAAGCAGGUGAUUGCAACUGCUCACGGCGCUGUGGGGUGGUUCGGAAGCCUGCCUCGGCCAACACGGGACGUUUUAGAUCAGAAUGGAAAGGGGGAGCAAUAUGGAGCAUAUUGCGAUUGUAGCGUGUGUCUGUCUUGGACGGAAUGGAGGACAGGCCGAUGGAAGAGCGCUGCUACCCGUUGACUCGCUUGCCGCCACAGGCGUUAGUCGCCACCACCGCCCCCGGGGCGUCCACGACCCACGAAGCCGGAAAUUUUCUCUAGCCAGAAGUCAGGAAGGGCAUACCUGGAACAAUACUCUGUUUACUGAAUUCCCUUCGCUUCCCGUGACUGCUUUAACCAACGCACCUCAUUUCUCAUAUCUUGUUACCCGCCGCUUCUGCAUGGAGUGGAGACCACCUCUUCAUAAAUCAGCAACAAACACUGUGGCCAGUCCGUGUGGGGUGUGCGGGUUUCGGGGAACGGACGGGACAUUAGACGAGCUGUGAGGUAACCUUUCCCAACAAGUAUCGGAUCGACGUGAAUCUCGAAACCAUCAAUUCCCUUACACCCCAAUCCAUUACGGGUAGAACCUGAACGGCGACCCAUCAUCCCCCGACAUUACAUAUGCGCUUAUCCAGGACGAUGUACGUAGGAUUUGAGUUGAGGUGAAUAAUUAUUCAAUCGGCCCACUCGUGUGGCGGGUUUUCGGGCGUAGGCUGAUUGUUAUUCCAGGUUAGCGCUUCCUUGAUCUUCCAUCUCGGUUCAAAACUUCUAUGCUACAUCAAGAUGGUUACGGGAUACAUGCGUUACCUCGACUCUGCUCCGCUUUCGGGCAUCGACAUUCUGGUUCCAAAUGUCGGGAGGAACUUUUAUCAGCCGUGCAGAAUAUAUGAGGAAGCGUACUGGGACCAGGAAAGUUUUUUUUUUGAUGGGGAUUGCCCAGUGGUUACUUCGAACGGAGGAAUCGUGUUAGGUGGAGGUACCGAGAAGGUUUCGCUCUUCAGCACAUAUGCGGUUUGAGCGAUAGAUGUACCAGCCUCACCCUCUUUCUCACUCCCCUCACCAUCGUGGACCUCAAAGUUCGAACGCACGUACCUCACCCCCCGUUCACCGACCGUUCCUCUGCAACUGAAACUCAUUCCAUACAAUGAUACCUUAGGAACAAAUCCUUGGCGCCUCGAUCAACGUUCCGGAGAAUCGUGUUUUCGGCUAUGGCCCUUGUUGGUGCGUUGGCGUGUUCAUGGAGAGUCAGGCCGGUUUGCAUCGGGAUCGGGGAAAGGUUGCCCUCUAACAUCGCACCAUGCCAUAGUCAAAUCCAUGAUCUUUACGAGGUGGAAGCUAACGUGAACGUUGGAACGCCGACAUUACUCAUAACUUCUUCCUCCUUUCGUCGGCACGUGGCCCAUAAAACUUCCACCAGUCCGGGCAGAAACGUAAAUCUAUGAAUGCCCUAGAACACUGGAUGCGUUUUGAUGGUCUUCGAUCAACAACCGCCUGCUUUAUGGCUACUACCGCAUCACUGAACGUCUUCCCAUCCUAUCAGUUCCCGGCGGAACGCUGUCAAUUCCGCAGGCAUGAACUUGGUCAACAAAUCUGAUCAGAGAAACGCGUCUCACGGCCAAUUUGGAAUACAUGAACUACACUCUGGUCGUCUUGGGGUUUUUCACGAAAACCCUUCUAAUCGCUUCAUUCCAAGCGUUGACCGGGCCAGGGUGAUCGGUCAACUAUAGACAUUGAACGCCUCUACUCCUAAUGACUGGAUGUUCAUGCCCGGUCUUAUCGCUCGCUCGCUUUUCAUCACUCUGCGGAACAAUACGCUGUUACUUCGAACAAGUCUUGGGACCACCUUAGGGGGGUAUACCCUUUCCCAACGCUUGUGGGAGACGAUAGGGAUGGAUAUGAGAGUUAGAGUCAGACCUCCAAAAGGCACAAGUGAAUCGUCAUCUCACAGAUAGUGACACCCCAUAACAAAUUCACAUUUCCGCGGAACACCGGUUUACCCAUCUGUGGAUGCCGAUGAACCCUUGACCAGCCUCUUUCGACCGGAGCGCAACGCAUCUGACGGCCCAAUGCAGAACGGUGGAUUACCCUCCAGUCAUUGUGGGGUCUUUGUCCAUCACCUCCCUCAUCGCUGCCGGGUGUACAACCCAUCUUCGAUCACCUAUGGGUACAGUACCUCUACUGCUCACCAGCGGUUCUCGCUUCGGUCUUACCGCUGUCAUGUACUCGCUCGAGCGUCAUUCACGACUGAGGAACAACACGGUGUUACUGCGAACCAAUUUUCUACCAGCGCUGCGUCAGGCUGAGGGUAUUCUGCAACACCAAUCAUCAGUUCUUUCCAUCCUCAAUAACCCUUCGUCGGAUUGGUCCUCCGCCUACAGUAUAUGACCUUUUCAUUCACUCCCCCCCAUUCGACCGGAGAGCGGCGCAUCUUACCGCUGUUGCAGAACACCAGAUUCGCCUUCCGGUGGUGGUGGUUUGUUUCACCAAUGCCCGCCUCCCUAUCGGUAUAACCCAUUGUCGCUGAAACGCUGCUCUCACCCCCACGUUCGUUAUCACCUCCGAAUCCUCGGUCUUAUCGACUUCGUUUAUUCUCACUCUUCAUUUCAGUGGAACGUCACGAUGGUGUUGCGGACGAGGCUCCUUCUGGUUGCGGAGGAAAUUUAUUCAUCUUCAACCCUCGCUUGCAACAUCAGGGGCGAUAUGAGGGAUACGAACCUCGAUUCCUAAAGUCGGCUUGAUUGCUCGUUAGACCUGCGAGUAGGGAAAAGAUACGGGGGAAGAGCUACCACCUCACGGAAGGGAAGGUCAAGGUUACAGCCGUAAUGCCUUCCGAGGGUAGAUGAUGGAUCCAAACAGACGGAGUGACUUCGCGGUGGAAUGCGGUGUCAAUCGGGAUGUGAAGGGUGGCGAGAACGAAGCGUUGGCGGAUGUCGGACGUAGGAGAUGGAGUCGUCGCGCAGACAAGGCUUUAUAACGGGCCUGGGAGUCGGUCGGAUGAACCCUCAUUGCGCAAAACUUUUUACGUACUCUAUCUUUCCCACUACAUACACUUUCUACACACGGCGAUCAAGUGAAAGUCGUUACCCAGUUCUACGUUCGUUGUACAGCCACUGUGCUUAUAUCUAUCCUUGUAUACCUGGCUUACAGACGCCUAACCACUACCGAGAUACGAAAAUCGAUCAGCGGUACCGACAAUUACUGGAUGACAGUUCCCUGAGUGAGAGGCAUGACUGCGC